CCUUUGUCUUCUCUGAUUGGUUGCUGAACCGAGUGGGCGGGCUUUACGCGGAGCUCUGGACGGAUGCUUCCGGUAUGAACGUUGUUUGACAGAUCAGGACGGAUCCUCGCUUUCAGCAUCUGUCUUUGAUGGCCCACUUGUGGGUUGAGGUAGAAUGGGACAGAACACAUCGGGCCCAGAGUCCCCGGAACCUCCAGAGCAGGACAGUUUUGGAAACAUCAAGAGUUUAGUGGAGGAUCAGCUGCAGACCAGCAUGGUGGUGGGAAUAGUGAUCGGCGCUGGGUUCGCCAUCGUUCUCAUCGCGGCACUCAUAUUUUUUGUCCUGCGCAGGAUGCAUCUCCGUAAACUCGAGGCUCAGGAAGCUCCUAAGUAUCGCUUUCGUAAAAGGGACAAGGUCUUGUUUUACGGGAGGAAGAUUAUGAGGAAAGUUUCCCAGUCCACUUCUUCACUGGUAGGCUCCGCCUCCUCAUCCAGGCCACGCCUCAAAAAGAAACAAAAGAUGCUGAACAUUGCCAAAAAGAUCCUGCGCUUUAAAAAAGAAGUGCCAACUCUACAGAUGAAAGAACCUCCUCCCUCCGUUCUGGAGGCAGAUCUUACAGAGUUUGAUGUGGCCAAUUCUCAUCUGCCGUCAGAGGUGCUUUAUAUGCUCAAAAACGUCCGUGUGUUGGGUCACUUUGAGAAGCCCUUGUUUCUGGAGCUCUGUAAGCACAUGGUGUUUCUCCAGUUCCAGCAAGGUGAAUAUGUCUUCAGACCCGGACAGCCUGAUAGCAGCAUAUACGUGGUACAGGAUGGCAAACUGGAGCUGUGUCUUACCGGACAGGAUGGGAAAGAUGGAGUGGUAAAAGAGGUUUACCCUGGAGACAGCGUUCACAGUCUAUUGAGCAUCCUUGAUGUCAUCACAGGUCACCAGAGACCAUACAAAACCGUCUCGGCUAGAGCAGCGGAGGUGUCCACAGUCCUUAGACUGCCUGUCGAGGCAUUUCUGUCCAUCUUUGAGAAAUACCCAGAGAGCCUUGUGCGAGUGGUGCAGAUCAUCAUGGUACGUCUUCAGCGAGUAACUGUUCUGGCCCUUCACAACUAUCUGGGACUCACCAAUGAACUGUUUAGCCAUGACAUGCAGCUUCGUCCCUCUCCUGUCUCUCCACAUCUGACCCGCACAAGCCCCGUACGACACAGCAAACGUUUCGGCAGCCUCACCGUUCCCGACAAACAUCGUGACGCUGCUCUCCAAAGCGUUACUGCUGGGGAUCAUGGGAAGGAAGGCGGCACCAUCCCGACCCUCAGCAGGACCAUAUCCAUGCCUGUAGACAUUGCAGGCAUGCAGAAAAGUCUGCGGUCAGAUUUUGACAUGGCUUACGAGAGAGGCCGUAUCUCUGUAUCUGCUGAAGACGGAGCACCUGCGUUCACACGAGAACAGCGUGAGAGGAAGGUCACAGUGGAUGAGAUUCCGUCUGGUGUGUAUCUGUAUCCCGAGGAGGAGUCAGGAAUGGAGAACCUUUUUAGCCCAUGUCCAGGACGACCAAAUGCUACACUAUUCGAGGAGGCCCAGAACGAGAUCCUCAAACUCAUGAAGAUUGAAGACCCGCAGCUGUUAAACGGAAGGGUGACGUUUCAUCACGCCAAAGCUGGAUCUGUGUUAGCCAGACAGGGCGAUCAGGACGUAAGCCUGCAUUUUGUCCUCUCCGGCUGCCUUCACGUAUAUCAAAAGAUGAUUGACAAGCAGGAGGCAGUAUGUCUGUUUGUGACCCAGUCAGGAGAGAUGGUGGGUCAGCUGGCCGUCCUCACGGGAGAGCCGCUCAUCUUCACCAUCAAAGCCGAAAGAGACUGCACCUAUCUUAAGAUUUCCAAAUCUGACUUCUACGAGAUCAUGCGUGAGCAGCCAAGCGUGGUUCUCAGCGCGGCUCACACCGUGGCUAUCCGCAUGUCUGCAUUUGUACGACAGAUGGAUUUUGCCAUUGACUGGAUGGCUGUUGAGGCGGGUCGGGCCCUGUACCGGCAGGGCGAUCAGUCCGACUGCACUUAUAUCGUUCUGAACGGACGACUGCGAUCCGUCAUUCGGAAAGCGAAUGGGAAGAAGGAGCUAGUUGGGGAGUAUGGUCGAGGAGAUCUCAUUGGAGUUGUGGAAGCUUUGACACGACAGCCCCGUGCCACUACAGUUCAUGCGGUCAGAGACACCGAGCUGGUAAAGCUUCCAGAAGGAACACUUAACAAUAUCAAGAGAAGGUACCCGCAGGUGGUGACACGUUUGAUCCACCUGCUGGGCCAGAAGAUUCUGGGGAACCUUCAGCAGGCCCGUGGACCUUUCUCGGGCUCCGCCCUGGGUCUACCCACCGUGGCAUCUAGUCCAGACGUCACCAACCCAGCCAGUAAUCUCUCCACUGUUGCCGUACUUCCUGUUUGUGACGAUGUGCCAGUCAGUGCCUUUAACUUGGAGCUCAGCCACGCCCUCAGUGCCAUAGGACCAACCCUGCUGCUAACCAGUGACAUCAUCAGAGAGCGAUUAGGUGCUUCUGCAUUGGACAGUAUUCAUGAGUACAGGUUAUCAGGUUGGUUGGCCCAGCAGGAGGACAUUAAUCGUAUAGUCCUGUAUCAGACAGACAGUGGGAUGACUCCAUGGACCCAGCGCUGUAUUAGACAAGCCGACUGCAUCCUUAUUGUGGGACUUGGAGACCAGGAGCCUGCACUUGGAGAGUUGGAGCAGAUGUUGGAAAACACAGCUGUGCGGGCCCUGAAGCAGUUGAUUUUGUUGCAUCGUGAGGACGGGCCAGGCCCUUCCCGAACCGUGGAAUGGCUGAACAUGCGAAGCUGGUGCUCUGGACACCUUCACCUGAGGUGCCCUCGUAGAGUUUUCUCACGAAGAGGCCCCUCCAAACUGAGAGAGGUGUACGAAAAGGUUUUUGAGAAGACCGCGGACAGACACAGCGAUUUCUCACGGCUAGCCAGGGUGCUCACGGGGAACAGCAUUGCUCUCGUGUUGGGGGGAGGCGGAGCCAGGGGCUGUUCUCAUGUUGGUGUCAUCAAAGCCAUGGAAGAUACAGGGAUUCCCAUUGACAUAGUAGGAGGAACAUCCAUUGGCUCAUUCAUUGGUGCUCUGUACGCCGAAGAGAGGAGUGCUGUUCGGGUCAAGCAAAGGGCGAGAGAGUGGUCCAAGGCCAUGAACUCCGUAUUCAAAACGGUUCUUGAUCUGACUUAUCCAAUCACGUCCAUGUUCUCCGGCUCUGCCUUCAACACCAGCAUCUCCAAGGUGUUUGAGGAAAAACAAAUUGAGGACUUGUGGCUUCCGUAUUUCAACGUGACCACAGACAUCACAGCGUCUGCUAUGCGGGUUCAUAAAGAUGGCUGUGUUUGGCGCUAUGUUAGAGCCAGUGCCUCCUAUACCCCUUAUCUGCCUCCUCUCUGCGACCCUAAGGACGGUCACCUCCUCGUGGACGGUUGCUAUGUUAACAAUGUCCCAGCGGACAUUGCUCGAAACAUGGGUGCAAAAACAGUCAUCGCCAUUGAUGUGGGCAGUCAGGAUGAGACUGAUCUCUGUAACUAUGGCGACUGUCUCUCUGGCUGGUGGCUCCUGUGGAAACGAAUUAACCCGUGGGCAGAGAAAGUGAAGGUGCCUGAUAUGGCUGAAAUUCAGUCGCGUUUGGCCUACGUGUCCUGUGUGCGGCAGCUGGAAGUGGUCAAAAACAGCGCAUACUGCGAGUACAUUCGCCCACCCAUCGACCGCUUUAAGACCAUGGACUUUGGGAAGUUUGAUGAAAUCUAUGAUGUGGGUUACCAGCAUGGUAAACUUGUGUUUACUGAAUGUGCUCGUGGGGACAUCAUUGAAAACAUGCUAAAGGACCAUAGGUCAGCCGAUUAUAAUGACAGCAAGAAGACCGAUUGUCCUAGUGCAGAUUUCACCGAUCUGGCUGAGAUCGUGUCGAGGAUUGAACCCGUGCAGAGCUAUUUAGGAGCCGAUGAAGAGUCCGAUUACGCAACCGAGUAUGAGGAAGAUGGGAUGGACACGGUGCGAGAAGAGGAGUGUGAAGAAGAGGAGGAAGAGGAGACUGAAGACCCAGAGGACCAGUCUCCAGGAGAAUGGGGCCCAAACGGGGUUUUCACGACGGAUGAGGAGAAGACAGUCCGUCAGAGGAAGACCAUCACCAGGAGGUCCAAUGUCUUCUCUGAAGCCUCAGACUGCUGAAUGGACAGAAUGUAGAGGUCGAAGGUCAUUAAAUCAAGACAAGACACCUGAGGGCCUGGAAGGGUGCACACAUGAAGGCUUGAUUUCAGUUGGUUUGGGAAGUCACCAAAGAUACUGUUUAACAGACUUCACUACAUCACCAAAACAUUGACUCCCACUAAUGCCGUAUAGCCGUUGGGAUUUUUUGGUUUUCAAAGACUAUACAGAGGCAAGGGACUCUGGGGACCCACCAUGAAUUCAGUGGACCCAAAAAGUGGAAACCAUUCUGUGAGAAAAAUGUUUAGCAUGUUAUGGCAUCAAACAUCUCUGAUGACAAAAUAAUCUUUCCAUACAACACUAGUAGGACUUUAAGCAAUAUGUCUAAUUAUAAUUUAAUUUCACUGUGUGUGUGUGUGUGUGUGUGUGUGUGUGUGUGUGUGUGUGUGUGUGUGUGUGUCUGCAGCCUGAAGUUAGCAGGAAAAGAUUAACCUCAUUAACUUAAGAUUUUAGGAACAUUUUGUAAAAUUUCAAGUCGUUUUGAAGAGGGGUAAAGGUGUAGAAUGCUAUUGGAAUAAAAACUAACUAAUUGAUGAUUUAUUACAGGUAUAAUGUAAAGAAAAUAUAAUUCCUUAAGUUUCACUUAUUGCUAAAAUAAAUAAUUGAGACAAAAUUAAUAUUAAGAGAAAUUAAGUUGUAGGAACAAAUGUAUGUAGACAGCCAGGUUGAGUGAGAAAGAGAGAUAUAGACAGAAAUAGAGUGAGGUAAUAACGGGGCCAAUCACACCAAAGCGUUUAUGGCAGUUGCAGGCGCCUUUUUUUAAUGAUAUUCUAUGGACAGGUAGCGUUUGCGCGCGCUGUUUAUUCGCGCCAAACGCCUUGCGGUUUUUGCCGUCAGCCGCAGCACCUGCUUUUGAAGGAGCGCUGAGAGCGGAGAAGCGCCCGACGUCAUUCACGUCUUUCUAUAGUCCAAUCGAAUGAGCGGAAAAGCGGGCCUUACGUUGUUUUGAGGGAAGUUUACAGUUGCUUUGAAGAACCGGACUCCACUCGCUCACUCUCUCCUGCGCGUGUUUGUUCAUCUCUCACCCUCAAACAAGGUCAGAGCAAGCACCCUCUUUUUAAAGUUUCUGCUAAUAUGACAGUUAACAGCAAAAGAGCGCUCACGCUUCAAUAUUUGAUUGACAAGACAGCUGACUCGGUGGUUGCUUAGCAAUAUUAAAAGCCGCGUCACACUGCUCUUUUUUUUAAUAAAAGGCGUUUCCAAGCGUUUAAAGCGCUUUUGGUGUGAUAGUAGUCAGUGUGAAAGUAGGGUCGACAGGAAGUGAGUGAAGUAGACAGUAAAUGAUGCGAUUGAGGUAGACGGUUAGAUGAGGAUGAGGUAAAUUUGAGAAUGUGUGAGGUAGGGAAUGAACAGGAUGCAAGUUUUCUUUAAAAUUUCCCAUAAAUGCCAAAAAUCUGUCUUGAAAUGCAGAGCUACAUGUGUUUCAGGUAGUCAAGGCAGAUGCCUUAUUUUGUUAUUGCACAUUUAAAGAACAUAAAGGGAACAGAACACAUAUAGAUGCAGGUUGGAUUUGUAUUAUAUAGGGAAACAGCCUCUCAGUAUAGAGUCCAGUUAUAAAGCAGAGGCUGCUUAUUACAUAGCCAAAUGUCAUCAUCCCUGAUGUUCACCAAUGUUAAAGACUCAUCCAUAAUCAGUGUACAAAACCCUUGAGACUUCACUGAGAUGUCCAGAUCCUUCGACGCUUCUGUUUUGCCACAAUGUUUUUGUUGUGAGAACUCAGAACGCAGAAACAUGUUUUGAGAACUAUAUGCCUGCCAACUAUUUUAUUUAAUUUAUUUGUUUUAUCACUGGCUUUUUUAAACAGCUUUUUAACAAAAACGUAGAGAUGAAAAUGGUUUAUUGCUUGAUUUGCAUUUUUGCACUAAUGAAUAUUAAUUUUGAAUGUUUACCGUCUAAUUCUGAGAAUCAGUGGAGUCAUAUGUGAAUCUUGGAAGAGAAUUAAAUGCUGAAUUAAAAAACCCUAAUGAAUAAUAAAAUCCUAUUUAAUGUCA